AGCUGACUUUUAUUUAGGGUUUUGUUUACAUCUGCCUCAAAACUGUUUUAUACGAGCACAGAAUAGAAACCAAAAUUCCUUUAUUAAACUACAAAAUUAACAAUUAUUAUUAGCACUAAAAUAAAUAAAGAGAUAUAAACAAUAAACUCGACGAAGUAAUGAAUAGUGAAUCGGUAGCAUUAACACGAACUGCUUAACUGAACUCCAAGGACUGAAUAUACGCCUAAAUAUUUUGAACCAUAUUGAGGUAUGUUUCGACGCUGUAUCAGCAUUCCCCCUACACUUCCGUGCCAGCGGCCAGUGGUACAUCGAAGCUUUCAGUCUGUGACGCAAGGAAAGCGUCAUGCUGGAGAUCACGCGCCCUGCCGGCCAAAUGGAAUAAAUAGAAACGACAUCGAGCGCAUAAUUAUCAAAGAGACUAAAAUUUCACGUGACCAUUUAACACCGGAGAUUGCACUCCAUCUCAUAACUCCCGAAUGUCGUCUCUUUCACGAACCUGUUCCCGCAGUUGACAGCGCGAAAUUAUUUAAAGGUGAUCCUUUUUGGGCGUUUUAUUGGCCCGGUGGUCAGGCAAUUAGUCGUUUCAUUCUGGACAAUCCAUCGUUAGUAACUGGCAAAUCGGUGCUAGACGUGGGCAGUGGUUGUGGCGCAAGUGCCGUGGCUGCGUUGAUGCACAAUGCAAAAUAUGUUGUAGCAAAUGACAUUGACGAAGUCGCUGGUUAUGCUGCUGUACUAAACGCUCAAUUGAAUGAGGCAAACUCCACACUUCUGCACAUUUGCACGGACAAUUUAAUAGCGACGUCGACAUCUACUGCUCCGCAUCUGAUAAAAGAAGACUUGAUUUUAUUGGGAGAUGUUUUCUACGAUGAAGAAUUUGCCGCCGUUUUGCAGCCUUGGUUGAAAAGUCUACGCAAUGCGGGAAAACAAAUACUCGUUGGGGAUCCAGGGCGGCAUGGCUUGACUGCGGACAGACGACGACUUAUGAGACGUUUAGCUAAAUAUGAAUUAACAGAAAGUGGCUGCAUUGAGAAUAAUGGUUUUCGAUUUGUUAAUGUCUGGGAAUUGAAGUAGAAGUUGUGUCAAAAAUGCAUAACGGUAUCUAUUAAAAUUAACUCGUUUUUUUGUAUUUGUUUGGUCCCUAAAUGAUCAAAUUUUGUUUAAAAUACUCUAAACUGUCAAAAUUUGUUUAUAGAUUUUAACCAUCUAGGGACCAAAUUAAAAACAAAAUUCAUUGAUCUUGUUGUUUUUGUUCUACUGCUACUACCUGCCUUAGGGCAUGCGUACAAUAUUUAUUUCUACUUAGGAGGCAAUAGUAAAGCGAAAAAUUCUAUAAGAAAUUUGAAAAAAUUGUGUGAGUUAAAGUGUUUGUUGAAAAUUUUAAUGAAACAAAUUUUUAUACCUGAAUUUAAAAAACACUGUUUUAAAAACA